AUGUUUAAUAAAACGAAAUCCUUAAAAGAAACCGUUGUGGAGAAACCUAAGAACAUUGAAAACCAACCAAUCAAUGGUGGCAAGGAAGCUACCACAAAACAUCAUACAUUAUCUGGCAACACAGUAAAUGCAAAAGGUUUAAAAACCCAUCAAAAUAAACCAAACGCUUCUAUUACAAAAUCAAUGAAUAGCAGGUUCAUCAAAGCUCCCAAAUUUGAUAAACGUAAUCCUAAUUUGCAGACGUCGAAAAUACCGCAAACCACCAAGAAGUCGUCGAGCGCCGAGAAUAUACUGAAGAAGAAUCCUUUGAGGAUCAGUCCCAGAAAAAACCUAACAAAAUUCAACACAAUGUCAUCUCUAAACAGCAGCAUCUGGAGCAGUCGGAGCAGUACAAGAAUAGUUAACACGAAUAUACCAAGAUUAGUGAAGAAGCCCAUAUCGAAGACAAAGUCAUAA